AAUGAACGCUGUAAGCCAGAUCUUCCCAUUGGGCACGAUCCCAGCGCAUGACUCCACACUCACAGCCCCACCUGGCCCCCCUUUUGAGUCCCGAUGGCACUGGAACCGUCACUUCACUUAACUCACCCGCACUCACUGCGGCAGAUUUACCUUAAACCUGUUAGGUACUCUCUUCCCUACACCAAAAAGUUGUGGCUUUUAGUCUUAUUCUGUGCCUCGCUCGCUCACAUCUUUCCUCCCCUCCCCCUCCCGCACUCCCGCCACUUUUACCUAUCUUCCCCUCUUACAUCUUUCGACAAACCGACUUGUGCUUUGACUACUCAUUAACAUCCCCCUCUCCUGCGCAAUACAUCUAGUCCAAGAUCAUCGCCGUCGGUCUUACCACCUUGAGGGUUGUCUCUAUUAUCAAAGCUAG